CGCGGCAGAGCAAGCAGACGACGUUUCAUACAGUCAGGUAUCUACAGUACAUGUACCUUACCGCGACAGAAAGACCGCGAGGCCUCUUCCCGUCACUGACACAGCAGCGCCAAUGCGACGAUAGACGACGACGACGACGACGACACGGCAUCGACCCUUCAAUUGUCCCCGCCGCCUCCUGCACUGUACCUGACUUGACCUGACCCGACCUGACCUGACCUCACUGUAACUCAGCCAGGGCCGUACUUGACCCAUGGCCAAUAAUACCUGGGCCCUUCCACGACAGCCGGAAGGCACCACCCAGCACCAGCACGAGCGCGACUUCUACAACACGCCACGGGGCAGUCCCCAACACAGUCGCCAGUCGUCGCUGCACUUGUCGCCGUCGUCGCUCAAGCCUGCCGCCAGCCCCAAUGGACGCGCCAACGGGUUUGGAAAUGGAAAUGGAAAUGGAUCCCGAGCCGGUCUCUACACGAGCAGGAAGACGACCAGCACGCAGAGUGGUAGUCUGUUCACCCAUGCCGAGCUAAGCAACGAAACCACACCGGCUGCGAGCCCCGUCGACGAGCUGCACCGAAGCCUGUCGCCGUCCAUUAGCAACGUCCUCUCACACCAACAAAACGGCCAGAUACCACAUCAACACCACCACUCCCACAGUCACGACGACAUCCACCACCACCGCCACGACGACGGCGGCGCCCACCACCACCACCACCACUCCCACCCCCACGAGCCUUCGCACGCGCACAGUCACUCGCUACCACCCAUGAAACGACCGACGCGGCCACGCGGCGAAUCAGAUCUGGGACGACCUGCAGGUUCAUAUCACCCACAACUUCAAAAGGCUUCAUCGUCGUGGUUCUCGCUGCCCGAGGCGCUGACGAGUCUGCUCCUUCCCUUGCCCUACUUGCUCGCUUCCGCCGCCUACCACCCUGGCGCCUCCGUCGAGGAUGGCAUGCCGCCUCUGUCUGCCUACCAGAGACUGCAGAAAUCGGUGUUGGAGGAGAGCUCGACUGCUGGACAGACAAUGCUGGUGCGGAAAGGAUGUGGCUUCGUGGAGGCGUGUGUUCUCACCAGUGGGACGCUGCUCCUGACAGGGUUCGUAGCCAAGAUCAGAUCUUCAGAGAGAAUGCUGGACAGGCGGAAAGACAAGCCCGAGACCUCUUCUACCAAUACUCUGUUCACACUUGCAUCGAUGCAGCAGAUGCUCAGUCGAGCACUCGGGAUUGGCUUACCCUUCUAUGCUUCGACGCAGAUCGGUGGCAUGCGGACGGGCGUGGUGCUACUUGUCGCCAUGGCAUCGGGUCUGAACAGCGCCGACUCACCCCAGAGACCUUCGUGGCAUGAAUGGCAGCACAUGCUGAAAUCUCGAGUCGCGUCGGUAGCUGUGCUGCUGCUGGCAGCCCUUUUGGACUUUGCUGGAAUCACAUUCAAGGCCGCUUUCACAGAUAUGCUGGUCGGGUAUCUGGCUCUCGCAUGUUCAGUCAUCUUCAUCUCGCCACCACUGCCAUGCACGCGCAUGUCUCCAUCUUCUGCGCAGCACUCAAAUACUGUGACACCAACAACGCCACUCACAGGUCGCCCACCAUGGGCUCGAGCCACCGCACCCUCGAUUGUAUCGUCAGUGAGUGAGGUCAACCUGACCCUCGCAGCUGGCGUGGUCAUGUCGAUAUGUACGGUCCUGAUUUCUGCCUUUCUCGCCACUGCACCGUCUACGGCACCGUCGUCCAUCAUGUUCACUGUUCUGUCAAUUGCAUUUUCGGCCGCUGCAGUUCUCUUUGCCCAGCCAUCAGCGCUCCGGAGCCAGUACAAGAUAGGCCUGGGCAUCAGCUGUUUCACGUUUGCUGUUCUUGCGUUUCUCUUCUCGCCCUCCCUCUGGCCAGGGACAAUUCUCAACGGCGGUCUUGCCGCGCUCUCAUACUUUGGGGUCCUGUACGAUACUUCGCUGGCUACGGUGCACGAGCGCCAUAACGACCAUAUUCACGACCAUGCGCAUAACGCGCACAAGCAUACCCAGAAUGAAGGCAGUCAUUCUGGCAUAACAAAAUAUCUGAUUGAUAACUCUGAGCCUGGAUCGCUCAUGUACGGCAUCCUGAGUGAGAGAGACUCGCGGCGAAUCGCGUACUUUACAUGCUUGAACUUCGCCUUUAUGAUUGUACAAGGUAUCUAUGGGUACCUGAGCGGCUCCCUUGGCUUGCUCAGUGAUACAGUUCACAUGUUCUUCGACUGUCUGGGACUCGUGGUAGGCCUGGGCGCUGCGGUAGCUUCAAAGUGGCCCACUAGUCCAGACAGACCGUACGGAUGGGGGAAGCUGAAUACUCUUGCGGGUUUCGGAAAUGGCAUCUUUCUGAUGCUGGUCAGCGUGGAGUUUAUAUGGGAGGCCAUGGAAGGCAUUGUUGAGCAAAAGGAAUUGCGGCAUGUGCAGGAACUCUUGGUUGUAAGUACGCUUGGUUUCCUGGUCAAUAUGGUAGGCCUCUUCGCGUUCGGCCAUGCACAUCAUGGACAUGACCACGGCGGUCACUCACAUGGGCACUCUCACGAUCAUUCCCACAGCCACUCGCAUGCUCACGACCACGACCACGGCCAUGCACAUGACCAUUCAUUGCACGGCCAUUCCCAUGGAAACUCGCAUGAUCACGAUCACAGCCAUGCCCAUGACCAUUCAUCGCACGGUCAUUCCCAUUCACAUGGGCACGAGCACCACAACUCCGUGCAUGGCCACAAAAUAAACGAAUCGUCCGGCACGAAUGGCGAUAUUUCUGGCUAUUGUAACCACAAACACGAAAAGACUCAGGCCGCUCAUGCGCACAGUCACGGGGACGAUGAGCACAACGAUAACAUGCAUGGUAUCUUCUUGCAUGUUGCUGCGGAUGCCGGUGGCUCUCUCGCGGUUAUACUGAGUACUGCAAUGACUCUGUGGAAACCGUGGUACUUAUGGGAUCCUUUGGCGACGAUAGUCAUCGCCCUUCUCAUCUUCGCCGCAGCUGUACCGCUUGUGAUCAGUUCAGGGCAGAAGUUAUUACUGGUCAUCCCAGGCACGCUGGAGUAUGAAAUCAAAAACACACUUCAAGAACUGGGAGAACUUCGCGGCGUGGUUGGAUAUGCCGUUCCCAGAUUUUGGAUAGACGAUAGCGAUGAUGUGGCAGAUUCGCAUGGCCACCAUCAUGGGCAUGAUCAUGGCGCUGGAUCGGGCAAGAAGAAGGUGCAAGGCGUGAUACAUAUUAUUGCGAAUCCUGCGGCGGAUUUGGAAGACGUCAGGCAUCGGGUCGACGAAUUCAUGAGAGAAAAGCGGAUGGAUGUAGUGAUCCAUGUGGAAAGAGAGGCGGAAGGCACUUGCUGGUGUGGCGGCGGCCAGACUGGGAGUGUCAGUGGGUUCUGAGCGUUAUAGCGAGCAUAGCAUGUGCAUAUGUAACAAAACAC